AUGGGAUACUACGAGGGCACAUCUUUCAUCAAGCAGGCAGAUCACGACCUGAUCUUUGUAACUAUUAACUACCGCCUGGGAGGUUUUGGCUUCCUUGCUGGGGAGCCUCUGCGCGCCCACGGAGUUUUCAAUGCCGGUCUGCAUGAUCAGCGCGCCGCUCUUACCUGGGUGCAGUCAUACAUACAUCUCCUUGGCGGCGAUCCUGACAAUGUCUCUGCCUGGGGCCAGUCUGCUGGCGCCGGUUCUCUGAUUUAUCACCUGACCGCAGAAAGCGGGAACCUUGAUCCUUUAUUCAAGAGGGUAAUACUGCAGAGUCCCUUUUUUGGAACCAACGCAGACCCUCGAGUGAAUUACAGGCGAUUCAGAGACUUUGCAGCGGCUGCGGAUUGCCCAACUGAAGGAGAAGAUGCGCUUCGCUGCUUGCGUUUGGCAAAUAGCACUGUUCUCAAGAAGGCAAAUGAAGAGGUGUAUCUUGGUGAAUCGUCACCCGUGCCAGAUGGGGCAUACAUUCGAAACCCUGCUCUGUUUGAGUACGCUAUUGGAAACACCUGGAAAAAUGUCGACUCAGUACUUGUUAGCCACGUCUUGGACGAAGGGAGCCUCUUCCUCCCUGACCCUGUUCCCGAGGGCCAGCUACGAUCCUUUAUCUCCAGAAACUUACCACCGAAUUCUACAGAGCAAACUAUGAAAAUAACGGGCCUCUUUGAAUCUCUGUACGCCAACUCGACUAUGAAGGAAAUGCUCUCUGCAUUAUAUACCAACCUUCUCUCUACCUGCAACCUACGCGCUGUUCUAAAAGCAUAUCCAAAGCGCGCCUGGGCGUUUCAAUACAGUUUUCUCGACGGCCGUUUGAAUGGGAAGCAUGGAAGUGAUAUGCCUGCGACAUGGUAUAAUCCGAAGCUCCAGACCUCUAUAGAACCGCUAUUUGCGCAAUUCCAGCGGUAUCUAACUAACCAUGCGCGGACCGGAAAUCCGAAUGCACCUUGCGACAAGGCCUAUGGGUUGAAGUUCUGGCCUGAGGUUGUGGGGCUGGAGGAUGAGAUGCCAGGAAACAUUUUCAAUAUGACCAACUGGGGCUUUGACAUUACACGGGACAAUCAGAUGUCAAAAAUCGUUUGCGACACUUGGACCGAGGCGCUCGUGGCUGCCAUCGAGUCGAAACGCUGA